AUGCUGCGCACAGUAUCACGCUCCGUCGCGCGCCAGGGCCGAACUCUGAGAACAUCGAACCGAGCACCGCAGCUCCUCCGCCCACUGUCCACCACCGCGUGUCGCAUGUCGAGCUCGACGCUCAAGCCGGUUGACGCUCCAGUAUCGGCUGCCCUGCCAGGCGACUCCUUCCAACUGCUCCCCGAGGCAUCGAAGGCAGGCCAGGCUGAAGAUGCGCUCUUCGACGAGCAGGUACAGGCUGUAAAGGACUGGUGGGCAUCGCCGCGUUACAAGGGGAUCAAGCGGCCAUAUUCAGCAGAGGAUGUUGUGAGCAAGCGUGGCGCGCUGCAGCAGUCAUACCCCAGCUCGUUGAUGGCGCGCAAGCUCUUCAACCUGCUGGAGGAGCGCGCAGCGAAGGGCGAGCCAGUACAUACAAUGGGUGCCAUUGACCCCGUGCAAAUGUCCCAGCAAGCUCCCAACCAGGAGGUGCUCUACAUCUCCGGGUGGGCAUGUUCCUCCGUCCUGACUACCACCAACGAAGUCUCCGCCGACUUUGGCGACUACCCUUAUAACACCGUUCCGAACCAGGUGCAGCGGCUCUUCAAGGCUCAGCAGUUCCAUGACCGCAAGAACUGGGACAACAGGCGAAAGAUGAGCGCAGAGGAACGGGCAAAGACACCAUACCUGGACUACAUGCGACCCAUCAUCGCUGACGGUGAUACCGGUCACGGCGGACUGUCAGCGGUGAUCAAGCUGGCGAAACUCUUCGCUGAGAACGGUGCUGCUGGUGUACAUUUCGAGGACCAGCUCCACGGCGGCAAGAAGUGCGGACAUUUGGCUGGGAAGGUCCUGGUACCUGUCGGCGACCACAUCAACCGCCUCGUAGCCGCACGAUUCCAAUGGGACACCAUGGGCUGUGAAAACCUCGUCAUCGCCCGUACCGACUCGGAGAGCGGCAAGCUGCUGUCAAGUGCCGUCGACGUGCGCGAUCAUGAGUUUAUCAAGGGUGUCACAGAAGAGACAGAACCUUUGGCUGAGACUUUGCAGAACAUGGAGGCAGCCGGUGCGCCCGGCAAGGAGAUCGAUGCCUUCGAGGCAGCGUGGGUGAAGAAGCACAAGCUUGUCACUUACGACCAAGCCGUCGUACAACAUCUUGAGAAGGAGGGCGCAUCGCAGUCUACCAUUGGCGCAUACCUCAGUGAGACUAAGCAGAACCCAAACCUAUCCCUUCUUAAGCGUCGCGAACUAUCCGCAAAGCACACCAAGACCCCUGUGUACUUCAAUUGGGAUAUUCCACGAACACGCGAAGGCUUCUACCACUACAAGGCCGGCAUGGCCGCCGCGACAAAGCGAGGCAAAGAGUUCGCACCGUACGCUGACCUCUUGUGGGUCGAGACUGGUGACCCAAGCGUUGAGAAGGCCGCUGGCUUCGCUGGCGAGAUCAGAGAACAGUACCCGGGCAAGAAGUUCGUAUACAACUUGUCGCCUAGCUUCAACUGGAUGGGCCAGGGUUUCAGUGAGGAGGCUCUGAAGAGCUUCGUGUGGGAUCUAGCCAAGCACGGCUUCGUCUUCCAGCUGAUCUCACUUGCUGGCAUCCACUCAACAGCAACAAUCACCUGCGAACUUUCGCGCGCCUUCAAGGACGAGGGCAUGCUUGCAUACGUCAGAUUGGUUCAAUCUCGCGAGAAGGAGCUCGGCUGCGACGUCCUGACACAUCAGAAGUGGAGCGGUGCUAGCUACAUCGAUGGCAUCCUUGGCCACAUACAGAGCGGUAGCUCGGGCAGCAAGAGUAUGGGAGAAGGAAACACAGAGAGAGGCUUCUAG